UAUACCUUUUUGUUUUAACUCUCUCUCUCUCUCUCUCUCUCAUACUAGCCAUUAUCAAAUCGAAGAAACUCUAAGAUUUUUCUCUUCAAAUUCCAUUUCUCUGUGAAAAUUUCUUCAUCCUAAUGCGUUUCUCGACUGUUAUUCGCAGGAAUUUGAGUUUCUGAAGAUUCGGUUCGCUUCGUCUUCUUCGUCUCUAUCGUUCAGGUAAGGUCUUCUCUUACUCUAGCUGUUGUUUUUAUUUUUGAAAUUUCUUUGAGAUUUUGUGGAGAUUGUGCUCUAAUGUUGCUCUGUUUGCUUAUCUCUAAGCUCGGAAACCUUGAAUCUCUCUUCGGUCGUCUCCUUAAACCUCAAGUAGCUGUGCGCUUAAGGAAUCUGAGAAACCUUCGAUUUUGGUUUGUCACUGAGCGUUUGCUGAGAAAGAACUCAUGUGGGUAUGAGAUCUUUCAUUUUUCUUUGGUUUAUGUGUUGCUAACAUUGUCUCAAAAUGCAAGUUGGUCCUACUUAGAGUAUCUGGGAACGAGUACUUCAGAUAAUAACUGCAAAUUGCUUGAUGAUUUUAAUGACAGUUUUGUGUUGACGAUUUACUGUCACUUAUGCUUUUGUUACGCUUUUGGUUUUGACAUGCUUUCUAGAAAUAUGUGUGUGAGGAAUCUGAAGAAGGGAGAUCUUUGUGGGGUUAUAUUUGGAUGCAAGUUCAGCACUAUCAAAGAGUGCUAUGCUAAGAAUUUGUUUGGCUUACCAGCCCCGCACAUGGCUUAUAUCAAGAACAUUGAUCCUGGUUUGACGCUGUUCCUGUUCAACUACAGUGACAGAACACUUCACGGCAUCUUUGAAGCUGCUAGUGAAGGAAAACUGAACAUUGAUUCCAAAGCUUGGUCUCCAAAUGGGACAGAUCCAAGUCCAUAUCCUGCUCAGGUAAAGGUACGAGUCCGAGUGCGGUGUGAGCCCUUGCCUGAAGAAAAGUUCAGCCCAGUAAUUGUUGAGAAUUACAAUGACGACAAGAUGUUUUGGUUUGAACUAGAUCGAGGUCAGACAAACAAGCUGCUCCGUUUGUUUAAACCAUCCCCAUCUGUUAGGCCACCAACGAUAUCCAGAGAUGCUGUACCACCACCCAGAAAGCCUAUUCCGGCAUCUUCUCUUGCACAGAUAGGUGACUCGGGAGCAACGCGUAUUGAUAAGUGGAGCAAUCUGUUCAAAUCUUCCGAUGAGUCUACCAAAAACAAAGAGAAAGACUCGAAAGAAGGUGCACUCGGAGCAGGUUCGAGAUUAGUCAAUCUUGGAAAAACUAAAGAAUGGGAAACAGCUUCCAAUAAUGCAGAUGAGCGAAGAACUCAACCAUCAGUGUCACAGUCUGGUACAUCUUACUCAUCAGCUCUGAGUCACAUGACCGCUUCUUCAACUCAGGAGAAGAAAAAUUCUAUAACAAAUGAAGGUUCAUCUCAAGCAUGUAAAGGUGUUGAAAAUCCUUGGACAUCUGCUGCUCGAGUUCCACCUAUACACCAAGACAGUGGAGGAUUCAGAAAUGCUGCAAUGGAAGGUGAAGAUGUCAAAGUGAAUGCUUAUCAUCAUCAGCAAAAUCUCCAUCCAACACAAAAGGGAACCUCUACUACAGCUAACAAUAGAAUAGUACCUAGCAUUAGCAAGGAAGAGCCUGCUGAGGAUACAUAUUCAUUCAUCGAUUGGGAUGCAACAUCUUCCUUUCAAGUCCAUCUCGAUGGACUGAACAAGAUUUUGGAGGAUCCUAAGGAUAAGGAAUGUUUCAAGAGCUUAGUGGGUAACACAGGACAAGCUUCUUCAUCUAUGGUGCCUAACAGUUGGGAGGAUGACUUUGAGGAAAGAAGUAUAGCUAAAUCGCCUUGUGGAUCAUCGUAUGUUUCUGCCGGUACAGGAGACGUGGUUGAUGACAUCGGACGUAUGGAUAAUUUCAAGAUGGAAAUUGGAUCUCCCACUGUUGUGGAUAUAUUGACUGAGCUAUUGGCGGAAGUCAAGGAGUUGAAGCAUACUCAGCUGAAACAAGCUGAGAGGAUGAUUACUUUGGAGAUGGAGCUGCUUGAAACAAGAAGGGAUAUACUUCGGCUAAAAGGGAGCAAUGGAAGUUUUUAAGCAUAUGGUAACUAGCUACUUUCUUUCUUUUGAACAAAUGCGCUAAAAGGAAGAAGAAUAUGGAAAUGAUUUGACUCAACGUUCGAAACUGGCUCUAAGGGAAUACUCUCUUCUUUUGUUGUCAAUCCUUGAUUUGGUAUGCUUCAGUUUCAGUUUGUAUUGCAGAAAAACUAGUAUCUGGUUGGUUUUUUCGAACUCACUUCCAUCGUUCUUCGCCAUAAAAAGGUUUGACUUUAACUAUCACAUGAAACUUACAUUGCCACUAAACUAAAAGCUUUAUAUCACUCCAAAUGUACUUAUGGUUCA